AUGAAUAUCCUGACAUGCAUUGGGCUUGCAAUUCUUUUGCUGUCCUUUCUCGCCCUCAAACUUCGGAAAGGCCUGACCCCUCCGUCAUGGUGGAAGAACGCUACAGAGCGUACCGGCUGCAAUGACCUCAAACGAAUGGCCCCUUAUCCAGCUCAGCCCAUUCGGGGCAGGGAAAGAUACCGGGUUAUGAUGGAUGUCCGAAAGCUCGAUGUCGAGAAUUGGCUGACCCUGGACAAGAACUAUAUGGACGAGCAUCAGGUACGGGGCCAAUUGCUAGAGCAGGAGAGGAGCAAGGUCUUCCAGUGUCUUCCCGAGUCGUAUGACGCAUGCCUGGAGGCAUUGGAAGAAGUGGUUGAGUUUCUGUGCCAACGGUUCUCAAACAUGUUUGAAAUGAAGAAAGAUGAAGAGAAGACGACAAUUUACAACAAGAUGACGGGUGAAACAUUUAUCUUUGGCGGGGACAAAACCGGCCAAAUGGACCCUCUCGAGAUUGCCGUAAGAUUAACAAUGGAGGAUCUGAGCAUUUUAAUGAAGAAUGCAGAUGGAGAGUACUACCUGGCUGCCAGCGCAAGUCUCUUCCCCGUGGGUUGGACAGUCCAAGAACGAAUCGGAUGGACCAUAUCUCAGCUUCACAACCCAGUACCUCUUUGGCACCAGCAGGUUGCCAAUUCCGUUAGCAAGUUCUUGUGCCGCCUCACACCCAACUCCCCAAUGGAACGGUCCAAUUACUUCGUUGAAGUAAAACGACCUGACGAGGAUCUCUUUCAAACUCUUUAUAGACCCACCACCCUCUCUGAGGAUAAUCCAGAUCCAUCCCCCGAGGAUAUCGUCAUCCGUCGUGAACGGCAGACCUUCCGCCGACUACCUCGAACAGGGGCAAUCGUCUUUGGCGUCAAGACCUUCCUAACGACGCUGGAAGAGCUUCCAAUGCAGGAGCUGCAGAACCUGGCAAAAGAAGUCAAGAGCUGGCCAGAGUAUGUGGGCGAAUACAAGGGCAGAGAGAUCUGGGGCGCGAGAACUCUAGAGUUCUGUGAAAAGCGAACGAAAGAGCAGGAGAAAAUAGAGAAAGAAUCUGAGACGUUGGAGGUAUGA